AAACAAGUGGAAAAAGAAAAAGUGAGUGAGAAGGAUAGAGGAUGUUCAAAGGUAUUGUUUUUGUUGACCUGUGUAGAAAAUGUAAAUAUUGUAUAAUAACAGAUAUUAUUAUAAGAGACAGUUUCCUGUUUCGCGAACAGUAAAUUGAGUGAUCUGGUUUUCCAAAAUCAAAUAAGUUAUCCGCAUUUUCAGUUGUAAGUCUAAUUUUAGGUUAUGAAUAGUUUGUGAGUUACCGUAUAACCUUCAAAUUUUCAGUAUGUUGAUUUUGUGUUUGGACUCAGCUUUCAGAAAUUCUAUAAAAAGAUUGCCAAAAACUACACUAUCUAAACAAUUCUACUCUAAAUGUUCUAAAGUAACAAGAUCUACUGCUUUCAACUUGGGGAAUAAUAUUCAUUUCAAGAAUGGAGAUAAUUUGUCAAGAACAGUGUUACAUAAUUUUAGACGAUAUGCCGCUAGCUGUGAUUCAAAAGACUCGAGAAAAGAUAAAAGAAAACAAAAUGUAUUGGUUGAUAACGUAAAAGGAACUGUUAUUGUACCUAGUCAUGGUUUAAAAACUAAGGGGCUGAAAUCAUUCUUUCCUUUUCGACAGUCAAAAAGAGAUUGCUUUCAUCCUGGGGUAUCAGCGCUCGACAGGACUUCAAUCAAGGUUGGUAAUGAAAAUGAUGUGACAGGGAAAGACAUGAUCAAAGCUAUGUUGACAUACAUCUGGCCAAAAGAUGAUCAAUCUAUACGUAAUCGAGUAUCUGUAGCAGUAGGUCUCCUAGUUUCUGCUAAAUUGAUGAAUGUGGCUGUACCAUUUUUUUUCAAGUAUGCUAUAGAUGAUUUGAACUCUAAGGUGGCUGCUGCUAACAACGGGCAAGCACUUUUGGACUUUGCUACUCCCACCGAUGCGGUACUGACAACUUCUGUUGCAUUGCUCAUUGGGUAUGGUAUUGCCAGGGCAAGUGCAGCUGGAUUCAACGAAUUGCGCAAUGCAGUAUUUGCAAAAGUUGCUCAGAAUUCAAUCAGACGAAUAUCGAAGAACGUAUUUCUCCAUCUACACAAUCUGGACCUCAGUUUUCAUCUGUCUAGACAGACCGGCGCGUUGUCUAAGGUUAUAGACCGAGGUAGCAGAGGUAUAAAUUUCGUUCUGUCUGCAAUGGUAUUCAACAUUGUUCCUACAGUCUUUGAACUAGCAUUGGUGAGCUCCAUAUUGGGAGUGAAAUGCGGCGGAGAAUUUGCAGCAGUUGCUUUAGGUUGUGUGGGAAUCUACAGUGCUUACACAUUCUCAGUUACCAAAUGGAGAACAAAGUUCAGGGUGUUUAUGAAUAAAGCUGAAAAUGAAGCUGGCAACAAAGCGAUCGAUUCACUCAUCAAUUAUGAAACAGUGAAAUAUUUCAACAACGAACUGUACGAAGCGAAACGAUACGACGAAUCAUUGAAGAAAUACGAGGAAGCCUCUCUGAAGACUAGCACCAGUUUGGCUAUGUUGAAUUUUGGGCAGAACGCAAUUUUCAGCAGUGCUAUGGCGUUGAUAAUGGUGCUUGCGGCUCGAGAAAUAUCUCAGGGUCAUAUGACAGUCGGUGACCUAGUAAUGGUGAAUGGCCUGCUGUUCCAACUCUCUUUACCACUCGGAUUUCUGGGGUCAGUCUACCGCGAAGUGAGACAAGCGCUUAUCGACAUGAAAACAAUGUUUACAUUGAUGGCCAAAGAGCCAGAGAUAAAGGAUUCUCCUGGGGUAUUACCUUUGGUUCUGAAAAACGACAAAAGUAUCGAAUUCAGAAAUGUUUGUUUUCAGUAUGUUGAUGGAAAACCGAUAUUCAAUGAUUUAUCUUUUGUUAUACCUUCGGGUAAACACUUUGCAAUAGUUGGUGGAUCUGGUACAGGGAAAUCGUCGAUGAUAAGGUUGUUGUACAGAUUCUUCGAGCCCGACUCCGGAGAAAUCCUGAUCGGCGGUCAGGACAUAAGUAUGGUCGAUCUACAAAGUUUGAGGAAAUCAAUCGCGAUUGUACCUCAAGAUACUGUACUGUUCCACGACACCUUGUUCUACAACGUACACUACGGCGACUUCUCGAAAAGUGAGGAGGAGGUGUAUAACGCGGCGGUGAUGGCAGAUCUUCACGAUUCGGUGACCACUUGGCCGGAAGGCUACAAGACACAAGUUGGAGAACGAGGACUGAAGCUGUCCGGAGGAGAAAAACAGCGAGUCGCCAUUGCCAGGGCGAUUGUCAAGGACUCCCCGAUUCUGAUAUUCGAUGAGGCCACGUCUUCACUGGACUCGAUCACGGAGCAGAACAUCCUGAACACGGUGCGACGUGCCACCAAGGGCAGGACGUCGAUUAGCAUCGCGCACAGGUUGUCUACUGUCAUGGAUGCUGAUGAGAUUCUCGUCCUGGAGAACGGCAAACUGAGAGAGAGGGGAACUCACGAUCAGCUGUUGAAUUUGCCCGACUCACUGUACAACCACCUGUGGCAGCUGCAGCACUCUGUUGGAGUCGAGGAUGAACCAAAACGGAAGGUGGAUUCAGCCAAACAAGGGUGAGAAUUAGGAUGUCACUAUUAGCAGAUAUGUACAUGUGGGGUAAGUUCUAAUUCAUUUGUAUCAUACUCAUGGUAUACAUAAUUUAUUGAUGUAUCUUUUACAGCAACUGGAAAUCAUAAUUUAUUAUCAUUAUUCAUCAUUUUUCACCACCUCAGUGGGGUGAGUUCUAAUUCAUUUGUAUCAUACUCAUGGUAUUCAUAAUUUAUUUAUGGAUCUUUCACAUCAACUGAAAAUCAUAAUUUUCUAUCAUUAUCCAGCAUUAUUAACCACCUCAUCAACUCGCACUAGUCUAGAAAUUAUCGUUAUUUCAAUGAAAGUUUGACAUUAUUUAUCGUUUUAAGAAACUAGGUAAGUGACUUUAAAACUCUUGAGCUACAAAGCAAAAGGCAAAAGAGGCUGUCAAUAUGAUUUUUUUUCUCAAUUCCUAAUUUUUUCAGAAGUUUUAAUACAAUUUAAUAUUGACAAUAAUAUAAAGUAAAAAAUUGAACUCAUUUUAUGAAAAUUUUUAGCCCAAUGCUAGACGCAAAUAAGUAUCAUCAAUUAGGAUUCCAUAUGAAUUUGGAAAAAUAUCAUUAUAUUUUGAAACGUUUCUUAUUCCCUUCAUUUCAAUGCCCAAUACCCUGUAAAUAUAUCAUCGGUUGACUGUAGUUGAUCUAGCAGUUAUGAACUGCAAAAUUACUCACUGGUGGUGCUGAAUCCGUCUUUAAAUAAUUAAUCAUUCAUCAUCAUUCCUCUCUUUACCCACGCACAAGUCUUGGGCUUAUGUGAGCAUCACCCUCAGCAAAAAAAAAAACUCUGCUGUUGUCAGAAGAAUCUACCUGACCAGUAGACUACGACCAAGGAUAUUAUAUAGCAGCUCUGUGUCUAUAUGUAUACAUACAGUUGCUGUACAUAGCAACUGUGAAAACUAUUCUUGGACUACGACUACAUUAUUCGGUUCCAGUGGAAAGGUGAAAAUGGUCCUAUGAAGCCGCGAUAAUGUAAACCUGUCCUCCCUGUCAUGUCUUGAACCAACAUUCAAUCAAAACUUUCCUAGGGCAGGUAUCAUUUAACUUCAAGUAAGAAUUCUAAUCUUUUAUCUCCAUAAUAAAUAUUAAUUUCUUCAAUACACAUCCGCACUGUCGAUUUUUCAAGUUUUUUUUUCCUAAGAUCAACUAAGAUCAUUGAUUAUCAAUCCUAGUCACAUUUUCAAAUACAAGAGAAGCAUGGAUUUUUUGUUUCCUUAUAAACUGAAUUAGCAUGAUUGGAUUUGGUUUAGUAAUUGAGAAAAUGUAUCAGAAACCUACUCUAAUAGCUGGAGAAUCCUAUCGAUUGAAGUCUUUUUGGCACUUUCUACUGUAUUUUAUUUUUUCACUACAAUAUUUGAUAAAAAGUUGCUGUUCAGAAAUCAUUGUCAUCCGUCAGCAAUCGGCAUCAUGAGAUUAUGAGAAGCAAAUUUUUGAAAAUCUCUGAAAUACACAUUUUUAUCAUAAAGUAAUUUUAUUUUGUAGAUUGAAUGCAUACGUUAAUUUUAGUAUAAUGACAAUAAUAUAUCUCACUUAACUAUCCAAUUUUGUCCACAUUUUUUCAAUAGAAACUUUUAUCGAUUCAAAAACAAGUUCAUAUCUCAUGAUGUUUUCAAAUGGAAAAGGAUUUAACAUGUUUUAUAAAAUUAAUUCUAAUUUUGAUUUGUGCUAUUAAAAGAAUAAUCAGUAUUUAAAAAACUCAACAUGAGAUAUCAAUAUAAAAUAUCUCUCAAUGACUCAAUAGAGAAUCUAUUACUGUAAAUUAAUGCAUUUAUGACUGCAUGUCAAGAAAUAAUUUCCGUAAAUAUUCUUGAAAAAUCACGUGUAAACAUAGCUAUCUGUAUAACAUAGUUAAUUGAAAUAAUAUAAAUGUUCAAUUCGGAAUGUUUGAAUUAGAUUUUUAAAUAUAUUAUUAUUUAUUAUUGAAGCUAAUAACAUUUUAUGUUGUAGAUUUCUGUAGGUAUUAACAUUCUUAAAAAUUUAUUCCCACCAGACUUGUAUUCUGUUAUUUUAUUUAUUUCAAAUUUAUUCAAGGUGAUCAACUCUAUGUUAUUUUAAACAUUUAUUGGAGUACCUACUUUAACAAUUGAAAUAAUAAUUAAACUAAUCAUUCGAGUAGAGUGAACCUUAGUCAAUGUUAAUUAAUCGUUUAUCUCUUGUACAGUGUAGUUGUAAAUAAUAGAAAUGAAAAUAUGUAAAGUUAUUCAAUACAUAAAAUAGAGAAAAAGCUAACCGAAUAUUGUUGAUUCAAAUAGCUCUGUGAUGUGUAGAUACUGUGAAAUAUAUUAUUUAAUUCCUA